CGCCACGCCACGCGCGGCGCUUUCCCCACCUGCCGCCAGGUGGGGCUCGAGAGGCCCCUUUCCGGAAAGUUUUAAGAAAGUUUCGCCCGAGCGCGGCCGGCGUCGCUGCUUCGCCAGCGCCCCGGAGCAGAGCAGAGCAGAGCAGAGGCGAAGGCAGGCGGCUUCUAACGGGAGCCGAAGGAGGCAGCCGGGAGCGAACCGAGGGGAGCAGGACCCCCGUUGGGCAGCGCUUGUCUGGUCCGCCGCCGCCGGCCAUGGAGGGCAGAGAAGGGGCCGCCGAGGGCGCAGGAGACGGAGCGUUCGCCGAGGCUCGCCGCUGGGUGGAGGCAGUCACCGGGAAAAGUUUUGGGAACAAGGAUUUUCGUGCUGCUUUGGAAAAUGGAGUCCUGCUUUGCGAUCUAAUUAACAAGAUCAAGCCUGGUGUCAUUAAAAAGAUCAAUCAUCUUACAACGCCAAUAGCUGGCCUGGAUAACAUAAAUGUUUUUUUGAAAGCCUGUGAAAAGCUUGGAUUAAAAGAAGCUCAACUCUUUCAUCCUGGGGACCUUCAGGAUUUAUCCAAUCGCGUGACUGUCAAGCAAGAAGAGACCAACAGACGAGUGAAAAAUGUUUUGAUCACAUUAUACUGGUUGGGUAGAAAAGCUCACAGCAAUCCAUAUUAUAAUGGCCCGCACCUUAAUUUAAAAGCUUUUGAAAAAUUAUUAGGUCAAGCUUUGUCAAAGGCUCUUGGAGAAUCUAACAGUCCCAAGCGAAGUGGAAGGGAUAGUGGGUACGGCGACAUUUGGUACAUUGAGCGCAGCGACUCACUAUCUUCAUCUGCCAGCCACAAGAGAGAGGAUUCGUUUGAUAGCUUGGAUUCAUUUGGCUCACGGUCUUCCGCCAGCCUUUCAUCAGACAUAACUCUAAAGGGUUGCAGCGAAGAUUGUGAAAGUGACACGGACUCCGAAACACGCGCCAGGAUGCAUGACUCUAGCAAAGACAACAUGUCUUACCGCAGGGUUUCCUUGAUAGAACCCAAACCUGCCGCAGAGUUCAAUCGUUUCUUGCCCAGCAAAACCAAACCACCACUAACGUACAUGCCAGCUCCUUUGAGAAAGAAGAGGACAGAAAAGAAUGAAGACAAUAGAAGAAGCUGGGCCAGUCCUGUGUUCACCGAGCCGGAUGGAACCUUCUCCAGUAACCAGAAAAGAGCUUUGCGAGGAGAGAUGGAAUUCAAGGCAACAGCUAGCAUCCUUUCAGACUUGUCCAGCUAUUUCGAUGAGGAGGAGGAAGAAAAGACAAUAGGCACUCCAGACAUCGAAACAGAUGACCUUUAUGCUCGCAAAUUAAACGCUGCAGUGUCCACUAUAAAAGAUUCCUCUCAUAAGUUUCUUCCCAAGUCUUGGACUCCAGGCGAAGAAUUGCACUGGAAAAAAGCUGACAGAAUCUCUUUUUCCAAAAAAUGGUAUAUGGACAUUCAAGGAUUCAGUAAAAAAACAGAUUCCGAGGAGCAAAUUGCAGAAGUCCAACCAAGCAGUAUCACCUGUGGUAGUUUGAAUAAUACUUGCAGAGGGGACCUAAACGUCACUAACCGAGUGCCUGAAGAUACCACACAGGCACUAAUACAAGCUGCAGAAAGAAGCGUUAGCGACUCUUCUGAUCUCCCAAGUCAGUUUUUAUUUCUCCGGGCGCUGCAAAAAUAUACGGAUGACUACCUGUCCUCCAAAACUAGGACCAAAAUUGAUCCUGCUUCAGGGCCUAGGCUCAUAGCAUGCAGAAAAAGCAAUUACGUUAGGCCUGGAUAUGACCAAAGGGAUACUGAAAAAGGCGACAUCUAUCCAGAUUUGGAGAACGACGAUUUGUUUGUUCGCAAGACUGGUGCAUUCCAUUUGAAUCCAGUAGUUGUCCAAGAUUUUGAGUAUCUUAGGGAUUCCUAUAAGCGAGGCCCUCACUUAGAAGGGGAAAUUGUUCUGCAGCCCAGAGAUGGCAAACCUGUAAUUCCAGAUUUAGAAAAAGACGAUCUGACAGUCCGCAAGGUUCAGCUACAGAACAGAGAAGUGUCCUUGUCGGGUGCCCCAGAUCGGUACCGGCCCGCUCUUUUCCCGGAUCCUUGGAGUCUUCCACCAGAAAUCCAGGCCAAAUUUCUAUGUAUGCUCGAGAAGAAGGCAACCUCCAUGAAUAAAAGUGGUGGAAAGAUCUUAACGCCCUCUUUGUGCCAAAAGAAGGACGAUAUGCUGACUCGCAAGAUAGAACUACUCAAGGUGGGCCUUAUUGCACAGCCGGUCAGCUUCUCCCCGGGAACGUGCAGUGCAGAAGAUUUAGAAAAAUGGGACGCUAUCAGAGAGGCCAGCAAAAUCAAGCACAAGAAACGGCAGAUGGUGGAAAGGCUGUUUCAAAAGCUUUCCGAUGAGUAUGGGAGUAAAUCCUUGAAUGACGUCAGCGCAGAAGAGCUCCAGACGAUCCGUCAAGUGCGUUAUGAAGAGCUACAGAGGAUAAGGUCUCAGCUACAAGAGCAAGAUCAGCAAUGGCAAGAUGAUUUGGCAAAAUGGAAGAACCGGCGCAAGAGCUACACUUCUGAUCUGCAAAAGAAAAAGGAAGAGAGAGAAGAAAUAGAGCGGCAAUCUUCUGAGGGCUCUGGGAGGCACAGCAAAUCAUUGAAACAAAUGCAGAAAGACAGGGAGGACAGAGAUCAAGGGCUGUACAGUGGUGGGAGCCAGCAGCGAGCGAGACACAGGUACUUGUCAAGCGACGAUGUGUUCAGCGAAGAGAAAACGCCUUCAGGACCGUCAAAAGAUCACCAGGUUGAAAACCAUGCUGCCCCCGGUUCGCUGAAAAGUGAAGAAAACGGCAAAGAGAGCGAUCUGAAAACAGAGACUGGCGAGGCAAGAGUUGAAACUCCAGUUCCAUCUAAGAGCAUGGUGGAAGAAAAAAGCCAGCCGCCUUUGUCUGCGUACUAUUCAGUCAACGCGCCGAUUGGGUCAGCUCGGGUUACAUCUUCUCUCCCGAGAACUUACACGAGAGCUGAUACUGCCAGGCUAACCUCUGUGGUUACGCCAAGGCCUUUUGGUGUCCACUCAAGAGGAAUCUCAUCGCUUCCCAGGUCGUUCACGAUGGAUGAUGCUGGAAAAUAUAAUGGAGACGUAGACGCAUCCAAGAGAGUUCAACAUACAUUCACCAGCAAUUCGUUUUCUAAAGCAGAGCCUGGGCAAAGCCCUUCUCUGAAUGACUUAAGAAGCGCUGAAGAGGACAAGUCUGGGACAAGAGACUCGCUUGUAGAGAACACUUCCUCUGCCUACCAGGCUGCGGAUAUUGAUCAUCUUGGCCCCAAACCAGAGCAAAACGUGGUUUCAACUUUAUCUUCACCUGUGGAAGAGAGAAGUCUUCAAGAGCCAGAGACUCCAAGAGCACAAGACCAGUUCAGCGACAUGAGAAUCAGUAUAAACCAGAAACCAGGAAGCGGUCGGAACUUUGGGUUCACAACGCUUUGGAAUCCCUCUGGAGUCUUUGUCAAGUCCAUAGAUGAAGGCAGCCCUGCAGAAUUUUGCCAGUUGAACGUGGAUGAUGAAAUCCUGUCCAUCAAUGGCACAAAGGUCUCCCAUAUGGACCAGAGUCAGUGGGAAGGAGCCAUCAGCAGUGCACUAGAAACCGGAAACCUUCUAAUGGAUGUUAGGCGAUACGGGAAGAAGGACUGGGGCAAAGACCAGCCUUCCCUGCCAUAUGAAAGGCACAAAAUCCUCAAUCUCACCAGUAUGGCUACCGACAUUAUAGGUACACCAGAAAGCAAAUGGAUUGAUGCGACAUCUGGCGACCGCUCUCCAGCCAGAAGUUCAAGUCUGUCGGCACAAAAAGACACGUCCAACAGUUUCCAGAGUGAGAACAUAGAAACAAAAGUCAAUGGAAUGCAAGGAGACACAAGUACGAGUGAGCAAAAAGAGACAGAGCCUAUUUCUUUGAAAAACUUAAAAAGGCGAUCCCAGUUUUUUGAACAAGGAGGCUCGGAACCUGCAAUACUUGAUCUCCCCGUUCCACCCAUAAGUGCUUCUAGCCACUGGGCUUGGGAUCAAGAGAAAGAAAGAAAGAGACAGGAAAAGUGGCAGGCAGAACAGGAGCGCCUGCUUCAGGAGAAAUACCAGCGUGAGCAGGAGAGGCUGAAGGAAGAAUGGCUGAGAGCACAGCAAGAGGCUGAGAAGGAGAGCUCGCAACACUUCACCGAGGAACAGACUAUAUGGAAGUCAGAUCCUCUCUCUGUGACGACCCAAGAGCCACCAGCUUCCAGGUGGGGAACAAACGGAGAUGGGAGAGCUGAUUAUUACGACACCAGCAGGCAAUGGGAAGAGGAAAGGGAACAGCAGAAUCAGGAAGAAGAAGAGAGGAAGAGUCUCCAGGAGGAGUGGAGGCUCCAGGAAGGAACACCUUCGCGGGCAGAGCAAGAAAGGAAACUCCAGGAAGUGGAGCAUGAGGAGGGACAUAAUGGACGGGACACCAUGUACUAUGCCGAGGAGCCAAAGCACCAGGAAGAAGCGCAACAGAAACCGCAGGUGGUGGAACAAGUCAGGGAAAUUCCAGCGCAGAGGCCUCAGUAUCAAAGACAUUCUGAAACAUCAAGAAAUUCUGAGCACCCGAGCGGCUUCAGUGCUGAUAAAAGCAAAUCCAGAUCAACUCCAGAUCUAGAUGAACAUCAGGCCAAUAGGAAUGGCAUGAAGAGCAAAUACUUGGAGCAGUCCUGGCAUACUGGAGACUCCCAGAAGAGAUCUCCGAAAGAGCCCGGCUUGUCCCCCGCGGAACAGGAAAGGCAGCAAAUCCUCCAGGAAAUGAGGAAGAAGACCUCUCUGCACACAGACAACAGCUGGAUUAGGCAGCGGAGUGCCAGCAUGCACAAAGAGCCCGUCAGCCUACCUAGUGGUAAAAUGAGGAGAGGUGAGAGUUUAGAUAACCUGGAUUCUUCGAGGAUGCAUUCUUGGAGGCAUUCUCCUUGGAUGAAUCAGUCUGCAUCCUCAGCAUCUCUGUCGUCCAGUCAAGAUUUCGGUCAUCACACGCCUCCGGUGGUGUCCACUUCGAAUCGUGCCUACAUGCGCGCUCCCUCUUCCAGCCUGCACUCAUCUUCAAGCAGUUCUAUGAAAGCCUCAUCUUUGCCCUACAUUCUUCCAUCUGCGUCAUCUCCUGUUCCCCAGGCCCAGUCCCCAACCUCACCUUCCCAAACUGGAACCCAGCAGCGCAGCAGGUCGGUCAGUGGCAAGCGUGUGUGUUCAUACUGUAAGAAUGUUCUGGGCAAAGGAGCGGCCAUGAUCAUCGAGUCUCUUGGCCUUUGUUAUCAUUUGCAUUGUUUUAAGUGCGUUGCUUGCAAAUGCGACCUUGGGGGGUCUCAGACAGGAACGGAAGUCCGCAUCAGAAACAAUGAACUCUUCUGCAAUGACUGCUAUCUCAGAUUUAAAACUGGACAGCCAACCAUUAUGUGAUAGAAACCUAAAUAUGAAAACACUUCUACAGAUAACGGAGGAAGCUGCUGCUGUAGAUCUAUAAAUAUAUAUAUUGUGUGUGGGUUUUUUUUAAAAAAAAUAUAUAUAUUUUUGCCUGCCUAGAUUAUGUAGAAAAUGCAUUGUAUCCAUUGGACUUUAACAUUUAGUUAUUUAUAAGAAAGCGAUCACAGUAAAACUCUUUUGGGCGAAACACACACAGGCCAUUCAAUGUACACUCUCAUUCCUAUACACACAAGUGAGAAACCUACACCUGGUAGUCAGUGCAUCAGAACGUUGGAGGUGAAUAUCAAAUAGCUUUAAUUUUUUCGAUGAUGUAUGAAGAGGCUAUUUUUGUGGUUUUGUAAAAUGCUCUUUAAUGAGCAUUGUUGAGAUAAUAAAUAAUAGAUUUGUUACUGCAAUUUCUAUUUUUUUGAUGUAUAUGCUCCAGGGGGGCUUCUGCAGAGUUACGAAAUUGCGUUUAAAGGCACACAGUGGUGGUUGCUGUCUGUAUUUCAGUUUCUAAGCCCUAAGUCAUAUUAUACUUUUAAAACUAAAAUAUAAAACUUCAGUCUGUUUGCUCGGGGAUCAGUAUUUCCUUGUGGCUUGAACGGUUAAAUGUCGUUUUGGGGGGGGAAAUCGUAAGGGUCUUCCCCCCCGCUUUUCAGGUUUGAAAAAAUGGAAUUCUGCAUGCACCUCAGACAGGUAAAUAAGACUGAAGAAUUUUUUUCCUUCUCUUGACUUAUUUUGUAUUUGUAAAUAAAGUUGCUGAAGCUGCACUGAAAUGGAUGUUUUGUAUUUUUAACUUCUUUCUAAGGGAAGAACAUCUACCGGAAGAAGCUAUUUGACACGGUUAUGAUUUCGUUUUGUUAAAACAGUUCUGAGCUUUAAGACAUCACCACUUCUGUGCACGUAUCACAGGGUGUUUUAAGGGUAAAUAAGAGCUAAACUUUGAUUGCAUACCUCUUAAGUUUUAAAUAAAUGUGGACUUGUUCUAACAGGCAAA